UGGGCGCCACCUCUCAGCCACCUGUUUCACUACGAAUCCCAUCCAUGCACUUGUUUAAAUCCAAACGCAACUUCCAUCAGUGUUUCUUCUUUCUCUUGCACAAAUCCGAUGAAAACAAGCCUUUGUUUCUCACAGAACCUAGGGUUUCCAGCUCUACACCCUUGCAUUACUCUUAACCCCUCUCUAUCGUCAAAACGAUGGAGUUUUGAUCCAGAGUUUGGGUCUCGAACAACAAGUAUUAGAGUCUCGGCUUCCAGUUCUGUUAUCAGAAAUGAUUCUUCCACAUCUUCAGCAGAAACAGAGAGCAGAGUCUCCGUGAAUCCGGUUUACUUGCCCACGCCGCCCAAUCGUGAUCUUCGGACUCCUCACAGCGGGUAUCAUUUUGAUGGGACCACUCGCAACUUUUUUGAGGGAUGGUACUUUAAGGUCUCAAUUCCAGAGAGGAAGCAAAGCUUUUGCUUUAUGUAUUCUGUGGAGAAUCCGGCAUUCAGGGGAAAACUGUCGACAUUGGAAGUGGCACAGCACGGCCCUAGAUUUACUGGAGUUGGGGCUCAAAUUCUUGGUGCUGAUGACAAGUAUAUAUGUCAAUUCUCUGAAGAAUCUUCUAACUUUUGGGGAAGUAGGCAUGAGCUAAUAUUGGGGAAUACUUUUGUAGCCGAGAAAGAUUCACGACCUCCUAAUAAGGAGGUUCCUCCUCAGGAAUUUAACAAAAGAGUAUUAGAAGGUUUUCAAGUUAGCCCAUUAUGGCAUCAAGGCUGUAUUUAUGAUGAUGGCAGAACAAAUUAUGUUGAAAGUGUGAAAACUGCAAGUUGGGAGUAUAGUACUCGCCCUGUUUAUGGAUGGGGUAAUGUAGGGUCUAAACAGAAGUCUACAGCUGGCUGGCUGGCAGUUUUUCCUGUAUUUGAACCCCAUUGGCAAAUAUGCAUGGCAGGCGGACUUUCAACAGGUUGGAUAGAGUGGGAUGGUGAAAGGUUUGAAUUUCAGAAUGCCCCUUCUUAUUCAGAAAAGAACUGGGGUGGAGGAUUCCCCAGAAGGUGGUUUUGGGUAAAUGUUCAAUGCAAUGUCUUUGAAGGUGCAAGUGGAGAAGUUGCUUUGACUGCAGCUGGUGGUUUGAGGCAACUACCUGGACUGACUGACACCUUUGAAAAUGCUGCAUUGAUUGGCGUGCAUUAUAAUGGAAUUUUCUAUGAAUUUGUGCCAUGGAAUGGUGUUGUAAAUUGGGAAAUUGCUCCGUGGGGUUACUGGUACAUGGCUGCAGAGAAUGAGACACAUAUGGUUGAGUUAACGGCAACAACAAAGGAUCCUGGUACUACCUUGCGGGCUCCAACCAGAGAAGCUGGCCUAGCUCCAGCUUGUAAAGAUACUUGUUUUGGGGAGCUUAGAUUGCAAUUAUGGGAACGAAGAUAUGGUGGCAGCAAGGGGAAGAUGAUAUUGGAUAUUACAAGCGACAUGGCAGCGCUGGAAGUAGGAGGAGGACCCUGGUUCAAUACAUGGACAGGGAAAACGGCUACACCAGAGAUUCUUAAACGCGCUCUUGGUGUUCCUCUAGAUGUGGAAGGGCUUUUCGGAUUAGCCCCAUUCUUCAAGCCUCCUGGUCUAUAACCAGUUGCUACACAAGGGAAAGGAUACGUGAUAUUUACGUAAAUCAAUGCCCAUUUUGUAAGACAUGUCUGGGAUAAUGUACUUACAGUGCAGGGGUGUGAUGUUGAGGAAAAUUUAUAUGAAAAUCAAUUACAGA